GUGUCCAGUACAUCCGCUCGCCCGACACGCCGCUGUUGCAUGUGUUUCAUGCAGAUUGAGUGACUGAAGCAGGGGAUGAUGAUGGAGCGGUAAAGUUAACGAUGUGCGUGUCCUGUGCCGAGGUUUGGAAUAAACGCAUAGAGGACAGCAGCUAACACACGUAUGGCCUGCGAGUCGGCGUUACCUGCCAUCAUGGACGAGCAGGCCCUCAUGGGACUGAACCCCAACGCCGAUGCCCGCUACAGGCAGAGGGCGCUGGCAUAUUUUGAGCAGUUGAAGGAGUCCCUGGAUGGAUGGGAGGUUUGUGCUGAAGCUCUGGCUAAAGGUGUUUACAGUGACGAUCAUGUGAAGUUCUUCUGCUUUCAAGUCCUGGAACACCAGAUCAAGUUCAGACACGGGUCGCUCACUGCAGCUCAACAGCAGCUGAUCAGAGAGACUCUGAUGAAAUGGCUUCAGGCUCAGUUGAUGAACAUGCAGCCAGAGAAGCCGUUCAUCAGGAAUAAAGCCGCACAGGUUUUGGCGCUGAUGUUUGUAACGGAGUAUCUGACGCUCUGGCCCAAAUUCUUCUUUGAUAUUCUCGCUCUGGUGGGGCUGAAUCCAAACGGUGUUGACAUAUACCUCAGGACGCUGAUGGCCAUCGAUGCUGAGGUGGUUGACAGAGACAUCCUGCACAGCCCUGAGGUACAACCAGAGGAGAGUCGCAGAAACACACUGAUUAAAGACGCUAUGCGUGAGCAGUGCAUCCCGGCGCUGGUCGAGUCCUGGUUCCAGAUUCUGCAGACGUAUCAGCACACACACAGCGAGCUGACCUGUCAGUGUCUGGAGGUGGUGGGUGCGUACGUGUCCUGGAUCGACCUCAAUCUCAUCGCCAAUGACAGGUUUGUGAAUGUGUUGCUCAGUCACAUGUCUAUGGAGGAGCUGAGGGAGGAGGCGUGUGAUUGUCUGUUUGAGAUCGUCAAUAAGGGAAUGGACCCCGUGGAUAAAACCAAACUGGUGGAGUCUUUGUGUCAGGUGCUUCAGUCUGCAGGAUUCUUCAAUGUUGAGCAGGAGGAGGAUGUGGAUUUCCUGGCAAAGUUCUCUCGGCUGGUUAACGGGAUGGGUCAGUCGUUGGUGUUGAGCUGGACUAAACUCAGUAAAAUGGGGGAUGUGAAGGUUACAGAGGAAACACUGCGCACUCUGGAGGCAAAAGUCCCCCUCAUGCUACAGCUGCUAAUUCACGAGGACGAUGAUAUUUCGGCAAACAUAGUGGGCUUCUGUUACGACUACCUGCACGUGCUCAAACAGCUCCCAGCUCUCACUGAUCAGCAGAAGAGUAAUGUGGAGGCGAUCAUGCUGGCUGUGAUGAACAAGCUCAAGUAUGAUGACGAGUAUAACUUUGAGAACGAGGGCGAAGAUGAGGCCAUGUUUGUUGAAUACAGGAAGCAGUUAAAGAUGUUGUUGGACCGAUUGGCUCAAGUUUCUCCUGAGCUUUUACUGGAGUCUGUGCACAGAGUCUUCAACAGUACCAUGCAGAACUGGCAGACGGUGCAGUUCAUGGAGGUGGAGGUGGCCAUCAGGCUGCUGUAUAUGUUGGGUGAAGCUCUGCCUGCGUCUCACGGAGCUCAUUUCUCUGGAGACGCGACUAAAGCCAGCACACUGCAGGCCAUGAUGAGAACGCUCAUCUCCUGCGGCGUGAGCGAAUAUCAGCAUUCCUCUGUCACUCUGGAGUUCUUCGAAACCGUCGUCCGUUACGAUAAAUUCUUCCUCGUGGAGCCGCAGCACAUUCCCAGUGUCUUAAUGGCGUUUUUGGAUCAUCGUGGUCUGAGACACAGCAGUCCAAAGGUGCGCAGUCGAGUGGCUUACCUGUUCUCACGCUUCAUCAAAACCUUGCAUAAACAGAUGAAUGCAUUUAUCGAAGACAUACUGAGAAGAAUACAGGACCUGUUGGAGCUUGCACCCCCGGAGAACGGGUUUCCUGCGCUGUUGAGCAGUGACGAUCAGCUAUUCAUGUUUGAGACGGCCGGCGUGCUGAUCGUGAACGGAGAGUCUCCGGCCGAGCGUAAACAAGCUCUGAUGCGCAGUCUUCUCACACCACUGAUGGAGGCGUUCCGCAUGCUGCUCGCAAAACUGCCGCAGGAAGCUAAUGAAGUGAGACAGACGGUGCUGGCUGACUGUCUGAGUCACGCUGUGGGCUUUGCCAGUCGCACCAGUAAGGCAUUCAGUAAUAAGCAGACGGUGAGGCAGUGCGGCUGCUCCGAGGUGUAUCUGGACUGUCUGCAAACAUUUCUGCCCGCACUUGGCUGUCCCGUUCAGCGAGGGCCGCUGCGCAGUGCUGUGCGUUCAUUCCUGCACCGUAUGAUCAUCUGUCUGGAGGAAGAGGUGCUGCCCUUCAUCCCUGCGGCGUCACAGCACAUGCUAAAAGACUGUGAACCCAAAGAUAUGCAGGAGUUCAUCCCCCUCAUCAGUCAGAUGACAGCCAAGUUUAAGAACCAGGUGUCUCCGUUCCUGCAGGAAGUCUUCAUGCCGCUGGUGAUGGCCAUAUUUGAAGUGCUGUCUCGUCCAGCGGAGGAGAACGAUCAGACGGCAGCGUUGGAGAAGCAGAUGUUGAGAAGAAGCUAUUUCAGUUUCAUUCAGACCAUCGCCAGCAGCGGCAUGAAUGAGGUCAUGGCCAAUCAGGGAGCUGAAAACAUUGAGCGUGUGCUGUUCACCAUCAUCCAGGGAGCCGUGGAUUUCCCGGACCCGAUCGCCCAGAAAACCUGCUUCAUCAUCCUCUCCAGACUAGUGGAGCUCUGGGGUGGCAAAGACGGUCUGGUGGGAUUUCCUGAUUUUAUCUAUAAACACAUCAUCCCAGCAUGCUUCAUGGCCCCUCUAAAACCGACCUUUGACCUCUCAGAUGCUCAGACUGUCUUGACGCUGUCGGAGUGCACAAUCACACUGCAUAUGAUUCAUCUCAAAAGAGGGCUGGAGUGUAUUCAGUUUCUACAGGAGUAUCUGCCCUCGCUACAGGUGUCACCUGAGAUUACACGGGAACUCUGUCAAGUUCUCCAGCAGCCAGAUGUUAAAGUACUGAAGAACUACAUGAAGGCUUUCUUCCAACAGGCCAAACUUUAAGAGCAUUUCAAAGCCACUUACAGACCACCAUAACGACAGAGCUUUAGCAUAGGAGCUACUUUUGCACUUAAAGAGAAACGUAACCACACCCAUCCUGUCUGCGGGACACGGACCCCAAACAGGAGUCCCGUGGAGAUUGGUUGCUGGCACGUGAUGGUGAGCACGCCCCCACAAUGACCUUGGCCCAAUCAGAGUCAUGCUCUCUAUGGGGGCUUAGCCGUCUGGACUGGUGAGAUUGUCUGCGAUUGGUCAAGACGGAGAGGCCAUGGCAUACUGUAGGUGGAGUUUGCGAGGGUGGGAGGGGCUUCGGUUCUGGACCGAAUUUCAAGGGAGAGUCAAAAGUUUGUUUUCCGGUUGAAAUUUGCAGAAAGGAAAAAUGAGCUGAAGUGUUACAGAAAAUUAUCUUUGGAAAUGAGAUGGUUAUUAGAAUGUGUUGUUUUUGUUUUUUGAGAAAUCUGUGGAUUUUUCUCUUGAAUAUCAGUAUAAGAAGGGCCAGAUUAAGACUUUAUUUAAUAUAGCCUUGUGGAAGAGCAGUGUAGGUUUAGUUUGAAGUGAUGAGGUUUAAAUAAUGGAAGUGCUCUUUAUUUGGGUUCAACGCAAACAGUUUGUUUUAUGGGUCCUUGCAUUUAUUUUAUGUUUCUUGCUCUUUAAAUGUUUGUAAACUUAAAAAUGAUCAUAUCAGAAAGCCAUUUCUGUUUCGUUUUCAUUUUUCCCUAAAACGUUCCCAGCAAAUCUGUACUGUAAUCUUUAAGCAAGUCUUUACAUCGCUUCCAAACAAUCCAACACUAAAUGUUUAGCCGAUCCAUCAUAUUCUGACGAUUCUGUCAUUUAAUGUAUUUGAAAUACGCAAUGUCUGUAAUGUUACAAACUGUGAAAAAUCUUUCCAGGAUGGAUUGAUCCGUGGAUCUGCAGCGUGGGGAAUGUUUCGGUUGGAUUACGCUGCUAGGUUUGUUUAUUUUGGGAGAAUGUAACAUAACCCUCCCUGUCCUGCUCUUAUUGAAUAUGUCAUUUGAUGUAAAGAGAUAUUAUAGCUGACAAUCUGUUGUAUUCCUAGAGACUCUCUGUCAUGGCAAAGAACACGUGCAAAGUUCUGGCCUAAACAUUUGAGUGUGUUCGUGUGUCAAAUCAUGUAUUGACACGUCACAUUGGCUUGUGUUCAAGAAUUGUGUGAUUGCACAAACAGAAUAUGGGAAUUAAAAAAAGAUGUGAUCCCAAAACAAACUGAAUGAAGCACUUUGCCAUGAACUUUUGCUUUAGACUUCCUGUGACACAUCUGAAACGCUCCAGUUCUGCUCUUCAAAACCCACAGCAUUUAUGCCACAUAAGACAUGAGGUAGACUGAAACGUCUUUGUCAGAACAUGUUUUUUUUUUUUUAUAUGCUGAGACAUGCCACCCCCCCCAACUCACUUCAUUUUGUCAUAACCAAUAAAGUAUUUACUAAUCUCA